AUGGAAAAGCCUCGAGUUGCAGUUAUCAUGGUUCCAUUUCCAGCUCAAGGGCACCUCAAUCAGCUGAUGCAGCUCUCUUGCCUGAUAUCUUCAUACGGUAUCCCCGUUCACUACGUUGGCUCGGCCAUUCACAACCGUCAAGCCAAAGUUCGUAUCAAUGGGUUGAACCAUGAGGAUGUGGAGAAAAUACAUUUCCGCGAUAUCCCAACUCCAUCUUCCGUCUCUCCUCCACCAGACCCCAACUCGCCCGACAAACCCCCCACACAGCUCCAGCCGUUGUGGGAUUCAUUAAGUCUACGCGAGCCCGUCGCUUCCUAUUUGCGAGACAUGGCAAACAAAUUCGAAAGAGUUGUUGUCGUUCAUGAUUCCUUGAUGGCUGUAGUGGUUCAGGAUGUUUCUUCAAUCCUUAACGCAGAAUCCUAUGUAUUCAACUGCAUUUCUGCCUUUACUAAGGCCGUUUUCACCUUGGACCUCCUAGGCAAACCAUUGCCGAUAGAACAUCCGAAAGAGUUGCCCUCUUUUGAAGGAUGCAUAACAGAUGAGAUCCGGGAUUUUUUGGCUUUACAGUUUGAGCCAUUGAGUUACAGAGCUGGGGAUCUCUACAACACCUGCAGAUUGAUAGAACAAGAUUAUAUGGAAUUAAUAGAAAAAGAAGAGAUUGUCGGGAGUAGAAAGAGUUGGGCAAUAGGCCCAAUACUCCCUGCCAAGUUAUCGUCUUCAGCAAACCAAUCGGAGAUCCAUAACAGAUGCUUAGAAUGGCUCGAUAAACAGGAGAUAAACUCUGUCAUCUAUGUAAGUUUCGGAACCACAACUUCCCUAUCAGAUGAGCAAAUAAAAGAGCUAGCGUACGGAUUAGAGCAAAGCAAAGUGAAGUUCCUUUGGGUAUUGAGAGACGCUGAUAAAAGAGAUAUCUUUGAUGGACAAGUCAGAAGAGCAGAACUGCCCGACGGGUUUGAAGAGAGGGUGGAAGGAGUAGGGAUGGUGGUGAGAGAAUGGGCCCCACAGCCACAGAUAUUGGCCCAUCCAUCGACUGGUGGGUUCGUGAGCCACUGUGGCUGGAAUUCAUGCAUAGAAAGCAUUACAAUGGGAGUUCCUAUUGCAGCAUGGCCUAUGCAUUCUGACCAACCAAAUAACUCUGUUCUCAUUACAGAAAUACUGAAGAUGGGCCUUCUUGUGAGGGACUGGAAACAGAGGACGGAACUCGUGAAAGCAUCAAUUAUAAAGAAUAUUUUGAAAAUAUUAAUGGCAUCAAAAGAAGGGGAUGAGUUACGGAAGAGGGCAGAGGAGUUAGCGGCUACUGUUUAUCAGGCAACCCAACAAGGUGGAGCUUCUAAACUCGAGCUGGAUUCAUUUAUUUCCCAUAUCACCAGAGGGAAUGAUAUCUAG